AUGCCCAUCAUUUACAGGCAGAAGCCCAUUCCACCAGCGUCGAACCGCGUUACGGCAUGCAGGUGCACCCAAAUGUCCAAAUGGCGACAGAAAGGAUUUGUCCAGGAUUCGGAUGAGGACGAAGAAGAAUCUCAGCUCGAGAGCCAGGCUUCCAGGGUGAACAGUGGCUUGAGUAGACGCGUCGUGCGCGUCGAAGAUGACAUCAACGAGGUCAAGCAAGCCGAGGAGACAAGGCACCCCAUGAAAAAGGACGGAGAAGGCUCUGAAGGUUACAUUACUGUUGAAUGCAAUAUCGAAAGAACAUGUCCACAAGAGAAGAGUAAAACAUCGCCCACGAAACGCAAUUCACCCAAGCGUCCCACGCCCUCGCCAUUUACGCCGUCAUCAACGCAUAACCCAAGACCUCAACCGUCAGAGAGUCCAGAUCCGCUCCAAGGCUCUCCAACACCAAAAGCUCCACGGACUAUUCGAACUCACUCAUCUCAACACCGCCCUAAAUCGCCGACCCGCCUACACAGCUCGACAGUGUCCAUUCCUCUGCUUUUCGACGAACUUGAGCCACCAUUUCAAGCGGCCCAGAGCUCAAGCCCAUUACAGCAGGCAGCUCCUGCAGAGCACCUGAAAGGAAAUACUGGGGCAUCGAAUAUACUGAAUGAAUUUGGCAUUGCGCCUUUGUCAGAUAACUCCGAGGAUGAUGAGCUUUCAGAUCCGCCCACAGACUUGGAGUCACCUCCGCCGGUGUUCAUCCAGCCUCACAGACGGACAGCAGUUCAAGUUGUCAUUCCGUCAUCAACGGCUUUACAGCGGCAUCUCGGGGAAGAAAGGGCAAGGCGUGACUUUCGCCAGCGGAAACCCAUUCAGUUGCAUCCUUAUGCACUGGAGGGUGAGAUGUACCGGAGGGAGGUCCAGAGCCGAGGUCUUCAGCCGGUACGAAGAGAGAGGUCGCGCUCGCCACAAGGUCAUCGAAAGCAGCAAAAUGAUAAAUCGCAAGAACAAGAGUUCAAUCCCGACGAGAACCCUACGAGUAGUCCCCCAGAGGUGGAGAUACCAGUCUCUAGUCCCAAUGUUCCGCAGCUAGAGAUAGAUGGAAAUGCCAAAGUUUCAGGACAUCAGCAUGCUUUCAAGCGUAUCAGACGCCCUCCUUCUACACAGCUUCGCCACCCUCAUGCAGCGAAACGGAGGAAGCCCAAUAUUCCAUCUACACAGGAUGUUGUACCACCGACGAGCAUAUUCGAAAAUUCUAGGCUGCAACGCGACAUUUGGUCGAUACCCCUUAAUUCCCCUCCUUAUUCGAGUAGUCCACCGCCGCAUGCGAACGCUUCAGCCCGCCGUCCAGGUGUGCUGCGUACGACAACGCCAGCCCCUAAUUUGCCAACUCCCUCUACUUCAUCAAUCUUGCAAGACGACUCUCGUCCAUUGUUGGAGUCUGAUUCUGAUACUGUGCUGCACAGUACUCAAAGGCCUAGUAGUGGGCUUCGUCGACCAACAAGAGUGGUACUAACGGAUAGUUCGUCUUCUGGGGCAAGUUCUGCCAGCGAGGCAGAGCAGAGCGACAGUGAGUUAAGAAAUGUGAGCAGAAAGAUCAAGGGGGUUUUACCAGCUUCCUGGCUACGAUUCGACCGGCAGACUCAAGAGCGACGGAAAGCCCAGCAACGUGAGCGAGACAGGAUGCGUGUGAAUAUUGCUUUAUCCCCUGAGCGCAACACAUUAGUUCGCGGGGUUGCUCAAAAGAUCACAAAGCCGAUGGGUCGGCCUCCAUUACCACCAGUUUCUACUGCUUCUUCCAAAGAUCCGGUAGUUAUAUCCGAUGAGUCCGAGGAUGAACUGAGGGCUCCUUUCUCGCGCCCUAUCCAGGAUGCCCAGGACCCUGUAACUGAUGCCUCGGCAUUAGCUAAGAUAUUUGACAGCCGCUACGCUGAUGACGACAAUCUGUCGGAUAUGGAACAUGAUCGUUUGCAUCUGCCUACAUUGGGAGGGACUGGUCCCAAGCGGAAGAGACAGAGUAAGCUGACGGAUGUAUUUGGCAAAGCAAAGAAGGUAAAAUCUUCAACCAAUGUCGGACGACUCUCUAGUGGUCAGUCUAGGAAAAGAAAAUACGGUCAUCCUAAGAAGCCGCGUCGACCUGCUCCGCCAGCUAUGAGCGUUGUCGACGUUAUUCUGUCGCCAUCGAAACGAGUCGCCAGUGUACCACAUUUUCUCCGAGUGGCCAGGCGGCAAGCGCUUCAAAGACCGGAUCUUGCCCGCCAAAGUCCACAUAACAAACAAAUACGACUGUAUAAUGCUCAGGAUACCGAAGAAGCCAACACUGUUCUUGAGCAAUGGCAAAAGGGUGUUCUAAAGCCGAAAUCAGAUAUCGCUAUGCAAGAACGGAGACCCGGCUCUCCCUUGACUAAUAGGGCCGACAAUCAGCAGUAUGCAGAGCGAGAAUCAGGGAUUGAUGCGGAUUCUGCAAAGGAUCUUGAUAGGCGAUUGGAAACUACAACAGAAGUCUCCCAUUUGCGGCAACGUACAAACGUACCUACUGGUCUUCGGGUCUUUCGACGGUCGUCUUCUAAUGAAGCCAAGUCCACUCGUCGAAGUAAGAAAACAUUACCAACCACCAAGCAUCACAAACGUCCAGGGCUCAAUGGUUCCUUACCCUUCAGAGUUGCACAGCUGGAAGGUGAUGAGAAUGACUUUGGCCGUGACCACAGGAAGAUCGCGUUCGAGAAAGGUUUACUGCAUGUCGACCAGCAGUUCAGAAAGCAGCUGCCUAAUGAGCAUCACAUUGUCAAUCCCCAGUUAGCACGUUACCUUGCAGACGAUGGUGUUGAACUACCAUUGCUCUCUUCUACAAACGACUCAGGAGAGGGUACAGCAGAGGCUCCAAGCAAACCAGGACCUAUGGCCAAGAAACGUCUCAAACUCAAGAGUCAAGCGCGAAGGAUAGAUGUGGAUGCACGAGAAUUCCGUCAGCCAAGCGAGCCAGCAAUUCAGGAAGUGCUCGGAACAGUCGAUUUUGCUCCAGUACAGGAGCCCAACCCAGACCAGGACUUUCCUAUCCUUCAUGGAUUGGGACCUUUUGGGACGCGGUAUCCCAUCACAUUUGACGUAUACUCACUGGUAUCCGGGACAUACUUCCAUGCAUCUACUUUGAUUGGGUCUAAUGAGUUUCAUCGGGCUCUAAGCAUUGGGAAGACAGAGAGUCGCAACCUUGACGAGACUGCAGGCUAUUCCACCGUUACCGACGGAACAAUGUCUGUCAGAUGUGGUUCAUGGAAUGACGAGACGUCUUCGAAUCUGCAUGACCUAGUGAGGAACGUGUCGGUAUCCUUGGCAGAACAACCAUCGAACCCCAAUGCAUCCACAAACAUUGAUUUUGGCGAAAUGCCGGCAGCUAAAGUAACACGGUCACUCAUUACCUACAUAUCCGAUCAUCUCAGCUUCUUGGAUCCAAUCGACCGAAAAGACUUUAUGGCCAAAGCAGUCCGAUUGUGCCAAACGCUCUUCGAUGGUGCAUUGGCUGCUUUUAAUACCGUUGGCAGUUCUGGAACAGAACCUGAUUGGAGUACCAUGCGUACUGUCACUUAUCUACUUGUCAUAAGUCUCCAACUCCACCGUAUCGCUCAACACUCGGCUGUCGAUGAAGGAAGCCGCGUCGAGAUCCUGACGCUGUUAAAGAAUGCCUCAAAGACUGUGGUCACACACUUGGUACAACGAGCUAUCCCUGAGCUAGGCAAUUUUCUUGAACUCAACAAGCGACACUCUGUGCGUGAGAAAGGCGUGCAAGACUGUGAAGUCGUUGUGGAGAGCACAGUCGUCUGCAUGCACGUCCUCGAAGAGCUACAGAUGACAACCUGGGGGUUUUGGGACAUUGUCAGUCAAGUGCUCAGUCCCAAAGUAUCUGGUGCCACUCAUCUUUCUGCUUUCGAAGCAGCAUGGGCUACACUGUUCACUCUCCUCCCGUUUGGCGAAAUCGAUGUUUUAGGUAUUCCACUCAGGAGUCGAAGAGAAACCUUCCAGAGCGAUAAUUGGUCAUGCAUUCGGGAUAUUCUUCGACGAAUAUUUGAGUUGUACCCGAGCACAUACAGGAAGCACAGUACAUCACUGAAUGAUUAUGUCCGGGCCAAUCUUGCCCGAUGUCAUCGACUGAUGACACACUGGCACUGGAGACGUCCCGAGUUGAUGCUCAACGCCGUAGUGGACUUUUUUGGUAAGAAUGGUCUUAGAGGUCUUCGACGUGAAGCAAGCGUUGGCUCCUUUCCUUUUCCGGAUAAAAUUGCUGCUGACCCUUCAUUGACUGUUGAGCCGAAUGAAUACUCCUUCCACAUCUCACUCAAGUGUCUUACUUUGGGUUUGCGCGGUAUGAAAGACGUUUAUCCUGAGAAAAAGAUUCGUAGCUUUGUCUUUCGAUGUUUGCCCAACCACGGCCGAGCAUAUCCAAAAGAUCAGCCUCUUGAUGAGGAGAGCCUUGCAGCUUUGCGCAACCAUCAUGACCUUCUAUCUGUUCUAUACUGGGAUGCCCCGCCAGCCUGUCGACCAAAGCUAGACCAAAUUCGUGGUCUCGUAAAUCAUGACAACUCCCACCGCGAAGCUUGCAGAUUGAGCGUUCGUGCCUGGGCGAACCUUACUGCUUUCCAGCUAUCCACCGAGGAGCCCUACAAGUCUGCAGAACCCUUCGCACUCUGGCACAAGGAAAUCAUGCAUCAGACUUUGAGACAAUACAAACUCGCGAAAAUCGAGGCCGACGACUUUCUGAAAUCAAUUGCUGUCGAAGGUUCAACAAACAUCUCAGCAGUCAUGGUCCGUCAAACAAUGGAGAGGAACCAAGAACAGGUCAUUGCGACUUUGCGAGAUUGCAUUGCGGGUAUGAGCAAGGCUAUCAAAUGCGCAAGGGACCUCUCGUCUUUAAGAAACUUUCUUAUCGAGUCCGAUAUCAUGCAUCUACUUGAGCUUCCUCAUCUAGAAGAUCGGCGGCUGGUCAACGUCAUUCAUGAUACCCUCAAAGUUCUGCAAGAGUACGCAAAUUUGCAGAAGAUACAGAAGAUAGGAUCGAAGGAGGAUGCCAGCCAGCAAACCAAUGAGGAGAGUCAGGACUACGGCGAUUUCCCAGACAUGGACGACUUGGAUGAUCUAGACGAUUUGGAUUCAGCUCCCCCAGCGAAGCAAGUACAACAGUCUAGUCUCGACUUCAUCCAAACAUCACUUUGGCAUCUGCUCUCGAAUGCAUUUGGCGCGGAGGAUUCACCAGAUGACGUUCUGCUCAAGGACUGUGUCGAUACAUGGAUUUGCAUUGCUGAAGGUCAGAUUGUAUCGGGCGAGCGAUCAUGGUCUUAUUACCUCGAUUCUUUCAGCCAGGUGUCAUGGAAGCAACUACGUCAGACCGAGCAGACGCGCAAGUUCGGUCCCUAUUUCAUGGCUGCUAUCAUGGACUGUGACCCCGCCUUAUAUGAAGAACAUAGAAAUGAUUUCCUCCAGGCUCUGAUGGUGUGUCUGGUGGAACGAGAGGCCAUGCUCAGAUUCCAGGAUCGGCUGCUGCACGCCAUCAUAAAAAGAGAUGGUAAUCACCCCCUCAUGCAGAACCUGCCCUUCUUCCGCGAUCUCGAGACUGGUGCAUGGGACAUCAACCCAGAGUCCCUUCGCACUCGACGGUUAGCACUUAUCUCAAGCAUCCUGUCAAAUAUGCGGGAUGACAUCUACGCGGUCGAGCGUCAUGAGCCUGGGCGUGCGUCUGAAGCCAGGAGACUCUAUGCAUGUAUGCUCAAAGACUUCAUGGCAUCUAUGAAGUACAACUACCAGCAGCUCAGUCAAGGCACAACUAUCACAGGCGCCUACGUUGAGUUCGUUCAGAAGAUCGUUCAGUUCUUGAAGCAAUACACAAGCGACAUAGUCCCCGUACUGCCUUUCUUCACAGACUCGGCCGCUUUCCCUCUACCCGCCGAAGACCCUACAUACGUAGUUGCUCGCCUGUGUGGAUAUGCACCGAAGCUAUCAGACUCUGGGAAAGCCAAAGAGUUGUCAGUAUUCGUGCAAACUGUAGCGCAACAAGCUGCCGCAGACAACCAACAAACAUACUUGGUGCACCAGCUCACCACCGCGCUUUGUACCGAUCAAGCACCAGCAGUGGACAGAGCGACACUGCGAUCCGUACUAUUGCAGGCCAUCUUCCCAGCAUACCUCGAAGAAAUGCUCUCAUCCAGCACCGCCUUCGCCAUCUGCCUCCCAAUCUUACAAGUCUUACCACCCACCCUCGACACGAUGAUCUUUGACCUCCGCAUCACCCAGCCAGAAAGCCUUGCUUCAAUCGCCACCUCCAUCGUAUCCAUCUCCCAUGCCUUCAUCCGCACCACAGAACAACUAAAAGACAACCACCACUUUCUACAACGCCCCUAUGUCCUCUCCGCGCUAGCCCACAUGCUCGGCGCCAUGACAUCUAUUCUACCACCAUUGGAGUAUCUAUCGAGUCGUACCUCCGAUACUGUUUCCGCUCCCCCAUUCAUAACAUACAUCAACGAUCUGACCACAUACAUCCUUGCGCUUCUUCAUACCACGGAGCUCGACACCGUACCUUCUUACACCGGCGACGCGCACGCUCCGCUGCCGGGUGACCAGCACACCGCGCUUCUCGCUUUCUGCCGCCGCAGUUUAGCGGAAAGCAUCAAAACGAAUUGGAGUGAGAGUGCAGGCGCAAUUUGGUUCGGCGUUGGUAAUGCCCGGCGUGAGGUACUGCUCGAUGUGGGGAGUGUGGAAGAAGAAAGAGUGAGGUUGGAGGCAUGUGUUGUGCGGUUCCGAGGGGUAUUUGAUGAACUGUAUGGGGUUGGUGAUUAUCGCGAUGGGUAUGAGAUGAGUGCAGGGUUGGAUGUUUUUGUUUAG